AUGGCUAAUUUAGAGAAAGAUAAAGGGCAAUUAUUAGAAAAGAUUAAGCAAAAAGAGACUGAAUUAACUUCUCUCCAAUCUGAAAAAAAUUUAUUUAUGAAUGAAAAAGCAGAAAUUAUUAAGAAAUUGGAAGAGAAAAUAAAAGAGUUAACCAAAGAGAAUGAGGGGUUGAAGGAGGAAGUAGAUAAGUCUAAAUUGGAAAAAGAAGUGGUAGUAGAAACCGAGAAAAAGGAGGAAGUAAUAAAUGAAGAGUUAAAAAUGGAACCUGAAACUAUUAAGUUUUUAGAUGAGAAUUAUCCGAAAGAGGAGAGGGGGAAUGUUAUCAAGGAGUUGGAUAUUAGUGCUGAAGACUUAAAAGGUCAUUUAGAUUUAAGGGAGUUUGUUAAUUUGAAAGAGUUAUAUUGCUACAAUAAUCAAUUAACUAGUUUGGAUGUAAAUGUCAGUCAUAAUCCUAAACUAACUGAUUUAUAUUGUGAUGUCGAACUAUUUAUCGAAAACAAAAUAACAGGUUUAGAAAAAGCUUCGAUAGUUCGAUUUGAUUGUGGUAGUAGUUAUUUACUCCAUGAAA